ACUAUACGACGGCUAAAUCCUGCAGUCCGAAACCUAGCGAUUGCUAAUCAACAGAGUCCCCAACUCCACCAAUGGCGGCGGCACUGCGUCGAUCUCUAAGAAUCCCCCUCUUCCGCCGCCGCUUCUCCGCUCUCUCAACCGCCGCCACCACCGCCACUUCACCCACUCCCUCCUCCGAUCCAAUAUCCGCCGCUAAGUCCGCCAUCCGCUCCGAGUCCGACCCCGACCGUCUCGUCUCCCUCUUCGAGUCCGCCGCACACGACCCUUCCUUCUACGACGACCGCCCAAUCUACCGCUUCUCGAUCCAGAAGCUCGCUCGCCACCACCGCCCGGACCUCAUCGAGCGCCUCCUGGAGGGCGCCAAGUCCAACCCCGACCCCCCUAAGUCGGAGGGUUUCCUCCUCCGCCUGCUCUCUCUCUACUCCGAAGCCGGCAUGCCCGACCAUGCCUUCCGCACCUUCGAGGCCAUGCCUGGCCUCGGCUGCCGGCGCACGGAUCGAUCGCUCUGCGCCCUCUUGUCGGCCUUUCUAAAGAACGACUGCGUCGAUCGCCUUCAGGACGUCUUUGAUCGUGCCGCCGUUGAGUUCGGGAUCGCUCCGGGCAUCGCCUCUUACAAUGUCCUACUCAGAGCUCUCUGCUCGAUCGACGAGGUUGAGAAGGCACGCGCCUUGCUUGAUGAAAUGCCUGAUAAGGGCGUGGAGCCCGACAUCAUUUGCUACAACACAGUCUUGGAAGGGUAUUUAAAGAAGGGGGAUUAUUCUGGAUUCGAUGAGUUUCUCAAAGAGUUCAAUAGGAAGAAAUUUAGCCCAAAUGUGGGCACUUUUAAUUGUAGGAUUGCUGCGCUUUGUGCACAAGGUAAGAGCUUACAGGCAGAGGAGUUGUUGGAUGUGAUGCAAUCUAAAACAAUCCAGCCGAAUAGGCUUAGCUUCAAUACCUUGAUCGAUGGCUUUUGCAAAGAAGGGAACAUGGAUUCAGCUAUGAAGGUUUUCGAGAGGAUGAAGGGGUUCAUGAGGCCCGAUGACACUCGUGUUUCACCCGAUUUCAAGACAUACACUACAUUGCUGGAGGAUUUGGUUGAGAAAGGAGAGUUUGGAAAAGGAGUAGAGAUUUGCAAAGAGUGUUUGAAAAAGAAAUGGGCACCGCCAUUUGAGACUGUGAAAGGAUUGAUCGAUGGAUUGGUGAAGAGUUCACGUGUAAACGAGGCAAAGGAUGUCAUCUCAAGGAUGGGGAAGGGAAUCAAAGGUGACGCUAGAGAUGCUUGGAAGAAAAUUGAAGAAUCAUUCUCCUUGUGAGGUGCGGAGUUGCUUAAAGUUAGUGGGUAGCAGCCCGGGAAAAUUGACUGAUCGAAGGCUUGGAUUGGUAGAAGAGCAGGCUUACAAAAUUGUGUGUUGGGUUAAAAUGCACGAAGGGGAAGGCAGCUUCUGUUCAUGGCAAAACGGCUACUUCGGCUGUUCUUCUGUGUGUGGGUCACCGGCAAGAUGGAAAGAAGGGAUCUCUGAGAAGUCUUCACCGGCGUUGGCAGGAAAGAGAAAGCUCGUUUCGUUCUUCUUGUGGAUCCACUUCUGCUUCUGGCGCUACAAGCCACUUUGUUUAUCUUAUAUUUUAGUAACAUUCAUGUUCCUUUGCUUUGCCUUGUGAUCAGAUUUUGCUUAGUGCUUGUGGCUGUACUGUUAUAAUGACAA